UGUUGUUAUUCGUUUGUGAUUUCGAUCGGAAAAAACAAUUGGAAAUAGCGCCAGGUUGGUGUGCGUUUUGUGGACGGAAGUGACGGGAUCCGGCGGAUUGUUCUCGCACCCCAUCUCCGCAGCUGCAGCGCCCUCCCGCGGGAUUCCACGUACGUUUCCGUGCGCGUGUGUGUUGUGCGCGUCGGUGCACGGUGUCGUGCAUUCGUGAGCAGCAAAAAGGUCACCGUAUUUCGAGUCGCAAAACAAACACCGAUCGACGGACUCCGUCACGAAAAUGGUGAAACGGAAGCCCCAGGCCAUGAUUGACUCCGAGAGCAGCAGCGAUUCCGAUUCCGGAUCCGAUCUGGACUCGGAGCUACUUUCACUUGCGAAGAAGAAAAAAGGAACCCGCAUGGCGUCGGCAUCACCGAACAAUGCGAAUCACAACCGAUCCGCUUCCGGGUCUGGGUCCGACUCGGACUCGGAAGAUGACGAUGACGACGACGACGAAGACGACGAGGAGGAGGAUGAGUCCGGCUCCGAAGCGAUGGCCACGCGCAAGAAGAAGGGUAGCGGCAAACCGACGUCCUCGUCCGAGUCGGAAACGGAACACGAAGGACCGGAUGAUGACCGGAAGCGUGUCAAAAUGAGUGCCCCGGUUGCGAUGCCCGGGAGCGUGAAUAACGUAACCGCUGGAGGUGGCGUAAAGCGCAAACAUGAAGAGGACGGGAACAAAUCCGAGCCGGAAGAGGGCCAGGUGUCGUCCGAUUCGGACGAAGGCCGCAAGGGAGCGGCUGGGGUGGUGCCGGUGGGCGUGGGGAACGCUGUUGAUGCGAGUGAUGACGAUUCGUGUGGAGGAUCCAGCGACGAUGAUGACAGCAGCAGCAGUAGUAGCAGCAGCGAUUCCGAGUUUAACGAUGGGUACGACGAAAACCUGAUGGGCGACGAAGAGGACCGAGCUCGACUCAACGGUCUGUCGGAGAAGGAACGGGAGACGGAAAUUUUCAAACGCAUCGAACGGCGCGACGUGAUGAAGACGCGCUGGGAAAUCGAAAGGAAGCUGAAGCUGGCGAAACGGGCCGAGAGGGCACGGGACAAGCAGGCACAGCCGGAAAAGAAGAAGCGGCGGAAGGAGAAGAAGAAAGCACAGAAGAAGGCAGCGGCGGCGGCGGCCGCGGCAGCCGCUGCGGCCAAUGCCGAGCGAGAGCGACGGAAGGUUGCGGCAGCCGCGGCUGCUCAGGCAUCGGCAGCCAGUGCGGCGGCGGCUGCAGCAGCGGCACUGGCGGCUAAAUCGAUUGUCCCGGCGGUGGCGGGAGAAUCGCGUGAUUCGCCCAAGCAUAUAGAAGGGAACGACGGCACCAGCGGCAUCGGGGCGAUCCGGUCGGACAGUCGAUCUUCAUCGCCGGAGAAAAAAAGCGACGAUGUAUCGAGCGCUUCCGAGUACUUUGAUCCGAAGGAACGCUCGAAGGAGCGCAAAAAGACGGUGGAAGCGAACCGGACGGACGACAAGCGCAGCAAUGCGAUGGCCAUGCUGAAGGCGAAACGCGAAGGAAAGGCCAAGCGCGAGGAGGAGGAAGCGAAACGGGAGGCACAGCGCAAGCAGGACGCUAGUCAGCAGCAGGAGGACAAAGAGGAACUGGAUGACGUGCCGGGCGGGAAGUCGCAGAUGAAGCUGAAGGCGUCGGACAUCUACUCGGACGAUUCGGGCAGCUCGGAUGACGACGAUGAGGACCGCGAGGACGGGGGCAAAAAGUCCGACCGACGGUCACGUUCCGGCAGCGGUGGAAGUGGCGCUAGCGGCAGCGACAGCCGCUCGUCCAGCGAUUCCGAGGGUGACGAUAAGGAGAAAAAGUCUGGCUCCGGAUCGGGCUCGGGUUCGGGGUCUGGCUCGGGGUCGGGUUCCAGCAGCCGGAAGCCGGUCGCGAUCAGUUCCAAUGCCGAGUUGAACAAACUGCGAAUCUCGCGCCACAAACUCGAACGCUUCAUCAAUCUGCCGAUCUUCGAGCCAACGGUGAUGAACUGCUUCGUGCGGAUAAAUAUCGGCAACAACCAGGGCAAACCGGUGUACCGGGUGGCCGAGAUUGUCGGCGUGGUGGAGACGGCCAAGAUCUACCAGUUCGGGCGCAGCCGCACGAACAAGGGCUUCAAGCUGAAGCACGGCAGCCAGGAGCGCGUCUUUCGGCUAGAGUUCGUAUCGAACCAGGACUUUUCCGACACCGAGUACCAGAAGUGGCUGACGGUGUGCGAGGCAACGGGGACAGCGCUCCCGACGGUGGACAUGAUCGACCGCAAGCAGCGCGACGUGAAGGAAGCUUCGCAGUACGAGUUCAAGGACGCCGAUAUCGAUCGGUUGAUCGAGGAAAAGAACCGCUUCCGGGCACAUCCGACCAACUACGCGAUGAAGAAAACGAUCCUCAUGAAGGAACGAGACGCAGCGCAAAUACGUGGUGACGACGACAUUGCGCGGGACCUCAGCUCGCAGAUACAGGAGAUCGAGGAGCGGGCGAGCACCCUGGACAAAAAGCGGAGCAGCAGUAUCAGCCUGAUCUCGUACAUUAACGACCGGAACCGGAAGCGCAACGUGGAGGACGCCGAGAAGGCGAUCAUGGAAGAGAAGCGGGCGAACCGGGGCCAAAAGAUCGAAGAUCCGUUCACCCGGCGCCAAACGCAACCGCGAAUGUCGUUCAAGAAGGACGAGAAGCGCGAAGAGCCGCAGAUGAUGGCCAUGCUGGCGCCACCACCGCCCGGGCUGGGCAAGAAGCGGCCCGACGAAAAGAAGUCUACCCAGGGUGGUCAAGCGGACAACAAUCUCUACUCGCUGCACGAUUUCGACAUCGAUCUGGAGGUUCCUCUGCCAAUAAGCAGCGUGAAUGUCCUUCCAAAGCCGGUGGAGAAACCGGUGCGUGAAUCCGGCCCAAAGCGUUCGCUGAAUCUGGAAGAUUACAAAAAGAAGCGAGGCUUGAUAUAAGCGCGCCCGUGGUGUAUAUUUGAGCCGGGUUGCGUUGUGUUACCGUUCCGUGUCAAGUUCCGCGCUCAGAACGACGAACACACAAGGUCGCAACCGACUUGGAAGGCGUGUUUUUCCUAACUUAUUUCAUAUUUUAUAUCUGCAACAAGCAAACAACUUGCCUCUCUCGUUAAUGCGCGCUUCGGUGAAAGGGGGUCGCUUUGCAGUUCCCCAAAAAGGCAGAGAUGAAACACAACAAAUGAACACUCAAGCAAUUAGUGGGACACGACAGGUUAGAGAGACUAGUGAGUAAACCGUUACUACGCAUCAAUAAUCAGUAAUUAUGAACAAAUCGGUAUGAGAUGAACCAGACCUGGGGUAGACAGUGUUGUAAGAAAUAAAAGAAACAAUUGCAGAAAUAAAGCGGUGCGGUUUCGGUAUCUACAAGCGGAACCGGGCUCCGA